UAAGAGCGUGUUGCGCAGCUGAGACUGUAUAAAACACCUGUAGUAUUUUGGAACAUGUUUGAAAGCAAAGUUGAGAUAAUCUCUACAUUCCGUUCUUUGUCGAAUUGCGCUUUCGGAAACAAAAAAGCCAGCCUUCAACAAAGAUAUUCAUCGAUAAAUUCUUUCGUCGUUCACCUCAACAAGGUCGUUCAUUGGUAAAUUCUUUCAUCGUUCCACAAAGGCAUUCAACGAUGGAUUCGUUCUUUAUCGAGUUUGUUCAAGUACCAAACAACAGCCAGAACCAUCUACAUAAAUCGGACAAUAGCCAUUGUAGCUAUAUCAAGAAGCUACUCUCGAACAGCGAGUCUAUCAAUCUUGAAUAUCUUAACUCUUAUUUCUUACUAUAUAUAUAUCUUUGUAUUCAUAAUCAACAAACAAACACCAACAACUCCACCUUCAGUAUGUCUACAAGACUAUCUUGCAAGGUGCAGGUCGUUUAUCGAGAGUGUGGACACGAUUUGAUAGAAACUCACGAAAUCCCACCAAAUACUGAAGUGCCCGCGGCCCAGACACCCAAGGAACAGAAACGCAAUUCUAGCUCCUCUUCCCGAUCAUCUCGUCGCAGCAGCUGGAAAUCUUUCCUCUGCAGCGGCGUGGAACAAGCUGAGAGUGAUUCUGACAAUGAUGCAGAUCUCGAUUUUCAAUGCAAAGGACCUGAUUUGGUUAGGAAAGUCGAAGGAAUGUGCCCAGCUUGCAGCACAAGGCGACAAGAUCUUUUGAUCGCCCAGGAACAAGCACGAGACGCAGAGAUAAUCCGCGCUCAUGUCGCCCAAGAACAAGACGAGGAGCGUGCACGACAACGUCGAGCGUACCGACCCGUGGAGGACAGACACACUAACUUCAGAUGUGAAAAGUGCAUCAGGGAGAACCGCAAUUCCGCUGACAGAUCAGGAAACGAAGGAUUCUGCUGUGAGUUUGGACGAUCAUUCUGGAAUAAAAAGUGUGAAGCUGAGCGAUUCUCAAACACCACCGCGGGAUUGAAGCGCAUGACAAUAGGCACAGUAGAAGCACGACGCGCCGCUAGGCAAGCAGCAGCUUCCUACGGAUGGAAAUCUCAUACCGAUGAGUUCAACACAAUUGAACCAGAAGUCGUUUCACAGUUCUUGGGAAUCACCGGGAGCGAGCCUGGAUCCUUGCCCGGUCUAGCAGUUCCAAGAUACGAGGAUGCCCACAUUGAUAUUGAGCGAUGGAAUUCCCAAAUACAAACCAGCCGCGGUACUGCACCGCCACCAAACAAGCCACUUCCCCUGCUCCCGUUGAUGAGAAAGCCUCGAGCUGAGCAAGUGGGACCACAGCCGUCCACUGGACGACACGCAUUUCGCAAUGAAGUGCCUCCGCUUAGAACCAGAGAUUCGGAUGUCUCAGCAAUGACAAGCCCACUGGACUUGGAUGAUGUGUCUUCAGUGUCAUCCAUGAGCACUCGCUGGUCAUCCAACUCACAGAGACUAAAGACAAGAGAGGGACAACACAAUUUGAGAAGACAGAUGACCGACCUUGAAUACGAACUUGACAGCGCGUUGGAGAGCUGGCAACAGCGACAACCAGAACAGAGAGGCAGAAGAAGCAAGAGAUGAUUUCAUUGUUAGUUUCCUUCAGUAAGUCCAUUUUUUGAGUUUCAUUUGUUCCAUAUUCUGCAGGCGUUAUUUGAUGGAGAAAAUAUAACCUGGCAAAAGCCUACCAAAAAAAAUUGAAAAAUACAUGUAAGAUAUAAAACGAGAGAUAGUUUUGUUGGAUGGUGUUGUAAAAAUGUGAAGUAGAGAAACAGCUGAGGAGGCAUCGGCGUGUAUCAUUUUGCGAAUUUAAGAUUAACUGUGUGGACCUAGAAAGAUGACCUCAAGACACAGCGCACAGCACACAGCGUUGGCAUUGAAUGG